AUUGUGGGUAAAAAUGUCUUAACUCAGCAGUGCCGCGCCAUUUUUUUUUUGUGUUUCUACCAAAGAGCUGUUUAGUGACGGGUUUGAAUCCCUUACCGGUUUGUUUAGAAGACGAUAAAAAGUGUUUAUCAAAAUGGGACGAAAGAAGAAGAAGCAGUUGAAACCAUGGUGCUGGUACUGCAACAGAGAUUUUGACGAUGAGAAGAUUCUCAUUCAGCACCAGAAAGCUAAACACUUCAAAUGUCACAUAUGUCACAAGAAGCUGUACACUGGACCCGGAUUAGCCAUACAUUGCAUGCAGGUACACAAAGAUACAAUUGAUGGGGUUCCUAACGCAAUUCCGGGAAGAACAGAUAUAGAACUGGAAAUUUAUGGCAUGGAAGGUAUUCCAGAAAAAGACAUACAAGACCGGAGAAGAGUUCUUGAACAGAAAUCACAAGAGAGUCAGAAAAAGAAACAGAAUCAAGAUGAUUCUGAUGAAGAUGACGACGAUGAUGAGGACGAAGCUGGACCUUCAUCAUUUCAGCAGCCUACUGCUCAACCUCAGGCUGCCUACAUGGCUCCAAUGACUCAGACAGGCAUCCAUCUUGGACCUCAGGCUCAGGGCAUGCCGUCUGCUGGUUAUGCAGGCAUGCCACCCAUGUUGACUGGUGUACCACCAAUGAUUCCAGGAAUGCCCCCAGUAAUGCCAGUUAUGCCACCAGGCAUGAUGCCAAUGAGAGGGAUGAUGCCCCCUGGCCCAGCAAUGCCUCCAAUGAUGCCUGGUAUGCUACCAGGAAUGCCACAUCAUGUUGGCAGACCUGGCAUGCCUUCUAUGGCACCUGCAGCCCCCGUCACAGUUCCUGGACUGGCCAGCAGACCAGCUGUGCCCAUCACACAGUCUGCUGCAUCCAAACCACUCUUCCCCAGCGCUGUGCAGAUGGGGACUGGUGUUGCAAACCCCAGUGCUCUUCCUGCAAGUGCAGAGAUACAGUCUGCCUCAUCUAAGCCUCUGUUCCCUAACUCUGCUCAAGCGCAGCAGACAGUAUCAGGACCAUCAUCAACCAGCUCUGAUUCUCCCAAGGUGACAUUCCCAGCCUACACCCAGCCUCCUUCCACUUCCUCUGUGGUGCCUGCCUCCUCCAGCACUGUGGCCAAGCCCCCUGCCACAGUCACAAGUAAGCCAGCCACCCUCACCACCUUGAGUGCUACCAGUAAGUUGAUGCACCCUGAUGAGGAUAUCUCGCUGGAAGAGAGACGAGCUCAGCUGCCUAGGUAUCAGAGGCUAAUCCCUCGUCCUGGGCAGACUGCAGCCACGGCUGCCUCAGCUCCCCCUAGUGGAGCAGUGGGAGGAAUGAUGCCUCCUCAGCAGCCUGGAAUGAGACAUCCCAUACAUGGUCAGUAUGGUGGUCCUCCUCAAGCCAUGUCUGGUUUUAUGGCAGUUGGCAUGCCUCCUUAUGGACAGAAUGCCCCAAUGGUGCCCUCAUACCAAGCUGGCCCAGUUGGGCCUCCCAUGGGCAUAAGGCCAUCUGUAAUGUCUCCAGGUAGCCGAUACUGAAGCAGCGAUGUCAUCCCAUUAGGUUUGGUUAAACGUUUUCUCAUCUUGUGCUUAAUAGUACCCAAACUCACUGCUGAAGAAAAAACUUUAUACUGGACAUUUGAGAUAUGUAAUAUCACAAACGUUUUGGAUUAAGUCCUUAAAUAAAAAGAUGACCAUAACAACAGUAUCAAUGUUACAUUUGAUACAUGUGUUGCUUUUCUUCCGAUUGUGUUUCAUUCAGGUAUAUUAGUCAAAGGUUCGUAAUAUAUUGAAGCUGCUGGCCUAACAAUAUCUCCAUAUUCAAGGCAAGUUUCAAUGUUUUCAUCUUAGUCGUGAAGCCCUCACAGCACCGUACCGUGCUGUUGGACUAUAUGUCCCCAACAACAGCUUGGUGAGGGCUUCAAAUCAUUCUUUUGCAUCCAUUUAAUCAUUCUUUGUACAGCACAAGGGUAAACAUGUCUCUGUAUUUUCUGUUUGUUUGUUUGAUAAGUUGUAAUAAAACAUCAUUUUGAUUUUC